AUAGACAUCCAAGUUCUUGGGGGUCCUAUGAUUGAAAGAACUAACACACCUCAUCAGCAAAUAACACAAAAGUAAAACGCACGUGAACCUUUGACCUCCCCCAAAGUGACUUGAUCGAAGCCAAUGCCCGCGAAGAACCCUAAUCUCUCUACUCUCUGUCGCGAGCAAGGAAAGUUGAUGCAAGAAGCGAUCCAUAAAUCGUUGUGAAGUCAGCGAUUUCUGUCCAGGCCAUUCUCAUUGUUUCCAUAUCCAGCGAUGAAAAUGGGAAGUAGAAUGCCGACUAGCCAUCAAUUUUCCCGGAUAGACACUCUAGAGAUGAAAUCUCGGAUGGAAAGGAAGCUUGGACGUUCAAGAGCAACGAGCUACUUUAGUCUUCUAGCAAAAUAUUUAGCUUCUAAGAUUAGCAAAUCUGAGUUUGAUCAACUUUGCAUUGGCACAGUCGGGAGGGAAAGUGUUCCUCUUCAUAAUCAUCUGAUCAGAUCAAUUAUGAGAAAUGUGUACCUUUCAAAGACUCCCCCAUCAAAGGCUGGUAAACUGGAAGGUUCUUUGAAUAUUAAAGUGCCAAAUGGGUAUCAAAGAAGUAGUCUCCAGUCACUGUGCAGGGAUUUUCCCCAAUCCCCUCGUAAGGGGAGGACUCCAAACCUUCGUGAUCGCAAAUUCAGGGACCGUCUGAGCCCUCUUGGGCCUCAUGGGAAAACCCAUAAUAUUUCAGUUGAAGAGUCAGUACCUAAGUAUCAAGGACAACAGAGUGCUACUGAGUUACUUUCUUUGGGUAGCAGGCCCCCGGGUUCUGUGGAAGAUGGAGAAGAGGUUGAUCAGGCUGCUGCAAGCCCGAGUGCUCAUAGUAGGAGCCCUGUUAGACCUCCUCUUGGCAUACCCUUGAACAAUAAAGGGAUGCGAAAAGUUAUGUGUAAUGGACUUACAUCUGCGUUUUGUACUCAGACUUGUCAUAGCUGCGGUGAGCUACCUGAUACCAGUUCAUUGAGAAAGAGACUGGAGGAGAAGUUGAUGAAGGAGGGAUUAAAGAUCUCGGAAGAUUGUGCCAAUCUGUUGAACAACAGCAUUGAUGUUUUCCUGAAAAGAAUGAUAAAGCCCUGUUUGGAACUCACUGCUUCAAGAUCUGGACAAAAGUAUAUAGACCAAAGGUCCGGUCCUGUAAUGCACGGUUUAAAUGGGAUGUGGCCUGUUAGAAAUGUAGAAAAAUCUAGUGGAUCUGCUCCUGUUUCCAUGUUGGACUUGAAGGUUGCAAUGGAGUUUAAUCAUUUAAUACUUGGGGAAGAGUGGCCGAUGCAACUUGAAAAAUUUUGCUGGCGUGCAUCAUCAGAACGAAAUUAAUGAUAUGCAGAUAAUUUCAGUCGGACCAGAAGUUUCACCGAACACUCAUUAUGGCUUAUUACUGUUAUACGACUCUAACAUUAAUCUUAGCGCAUUGCUAUAUAUGAACUGCUGAAGUAAAUAAGUAGAACUCAUCAUGGAAGUUUUGGAUCGAGGUGAUUAGGUUGUAAAUAUCCCUUUACACCCCUGAAUGUGUCGGGGGUGAUACAAUGACGGCAAAAGAAAAUUGUAGCAAUACUUGUAAGAAACUAACUGUUAUGAAUAGGUCAGCAGCUCUUCAACUCAUAUCUUUACUUUCCUCAUUGUAUUGGCUUUCUUAAUAAAUCUUGUCCUUUAAGCUAUGCCAAACUGUUCUUUACUCUAUUGUUUAAAUUGUUAUUUCGAUA